UUUUUUUUAUCCAGAUAUUUCCAAUUUUCUAUCUGUUAAAGAUUUCAUACAGAGAUUAAUGUUUUCAUGAAAUGAGAGCCAGGACUUGGGUGUCACCAGUAUCCGAAGCUGAUAUUGAAAAACACAAAUGGGAAUCUGUUUACAAGGCCUGUUAAUCACUUCAAUCUGUUGAUCAAUGUUACUGUGGCAUCUUUGGAAAUCUAUUGGUGUUUGUUGUGAAUAACUGAUCAAUUGUAGGUGGACUGCAGUAUUCAGCUUAUAAAUUACAGCUUGGAGUGUGCCAAUCUUGUAUUCAUCCAUUUCCUACUUUUGUCAGUUGAUGGGAUUCAAUCACUAAGAGCUGAAGGUUAUACACAUAUACAUUCGACUGGUACAGUAAAUAGAAGUGAAUGUAAAAAGUUAGUGCUUUCUGUGAAACAAACUGUGGUGUGUUAAAACAAAUUAAAGAAACCAGAAAACACUAUAUUUGGUAUUGAUAAAGGAUUUUAAGGAGAAUAUUGUUAUUUGUGUUGAAAAUGUUAUAUGAAAUGUUGUGAACAUUCAGAAGAUGUCAAGAAAAUGUGUUGAAAAUUAUGCAAGUGGAGUAUACUUUUGGAAAAACAUUUGACAAACUGCUACUAAACUCUAGAUGACAUUAUGGAAACUUGCAUGUCAUUUGGAUAUUGUUCUGUUGUGGGCAAUGUAGACCAUUACAAAGAAUUUGAAGAAACUUUUCAGUUAGCUAGAGGAGGUAGCACACAAUCCAUACUUAUUCUAGAGAAACGGGCCUCACCUGCUUACCAGGGUCAUCCAAGCUGUGUGAAAUGUGGAAGUAGGGGUCAUCACGGCAAGUCCAGUAUCUUUGACAUUUUCUGGGAUCAGAUCAAUGGCAAAUGCGGCUCUUCUGUGCAACCUCAAGUGUGUCAGCAACAAGGAAUCUAUUCCUUGGGAUGUUAUAAUGUCUAUAUAGCCAAAGAAAGUCAUCAGAUAGCGCAGGCAACAGUAGAAAAGAAUGCUCGUAUCAAGGAGGCCUUUGGUAUUGGUGAGAACUAUGUGGAUGGUUCAUCAUUCGAUCCGAACCGCAAGGCCAAAGAGGAGCAGGCUAAAGCUGUAGCAAUGGCCAAAAAGAAAUAUGCAAUUGUAAGGGAUUCCAGCUCCUCAGAGAGAUCCCCAUCACCACCUCCAAAGAGGAAGAAGAAAAAGUCCAGCAGGGAUGUCAGUAACUCACCAGAGAGAAAAAAGAAGAAAAGCAAAAAGCACAAGCGAGAUCGGUAGGCUAUCGUUCUUAGGAGGAGAAGUAUAAAAUCUGAUAUGAAAUAGCAUUACAUGUUGUUCAAUUCAUCAAACUGACCUGGUUACAAAAUUAUGCAGUUGUGCUCUUACUGAUGAAAUGCAGCUCAUUAGCUUUGCCAGUGGAACCAGAGAGAAAAAUUGUAACUUGUAUCUACCUGUGUCUCUGUGUUCAUUUUCAGUUGCAACCUAGUUUUUUAUCAUAAAUACUGGUGAAUGAAUUUAAAGAGAUCAGAAAAGUUGUAUAUUAUCUUCUUAUUUUUUAACAUUUGCUUAAUUCUUCCUUCAAGACUUUGUUCAGUCAAUGUUAGUCAUCUACUUGACAGAUUGUAAUCUUCACCAUUUUAUUUACCGUUUUUGUUUUGUUUUUAUCUCUUUAGUUGUAUCAAGCUUUCAUUUUGUACAAUUUGUAUUUCAUUCGUUUUGUGUGUACAUUUUUACCCAUGAUAAGUAAGCCUUCUUUGGGACAAGACUUCUUUGAUUUAAUGUAUGGGUAUUUACAAUUUAUGAUUUUGAGGAUCAAACUUUCAAAUAAAAUUUAUUUUUAUUUAUUUACUUAUGAAGUGCCUGAAAAUAACAUUUUCCGUCUGUGUCAGAAGUAUUUUAUGUAGAUAAAGCAGUUUUAGAAAAUGAAGGCCUUACAAUCAAAGGAAUGCUGCUUUUCUUGGCUUGAGUUUGAAUAUAUAUAAUACUUGUGAGAGGUAUAUAUAGAGAGUGAGAGAGAUCUUUAGCCAUCCAUUCAUUUUCAUAUAGAACAUAUUUUUCAACAAAACUAUUUUCAGUGUUAACCUGACUACUUUCUUUUUGUUUCUGUGGAAGCUUUCAUAUUCAAUAGCAGGUAAUUUCACUCUGUCAGUUUAGUCUUUAUUAAUCUGUUGAAUUUUGUUUCCCCACCUUGUAACCUCUAUUUUACAUAUUGAUAUAGGCUAUGUGGUACAUUUACAUGCAGCCUCAGUGUCCAUGGAUAUUAAAAAUGUGGGAAAUAUAUCAAGUGACAUGGAAAACAAUUAUUAUCUUUUAUAUUCAGUGUUUCAAACAAUGCAGUAUUGAAAUAAAAUGUUGAGCAUUUAUAAA